AAUACUGGCAGGAGAAUUCUAAAGUAGACUAUUAUUUUGACCGAGGACGCUCACUACAAUGACAGAUUGGCUGGAGAUUCUCGGUGCCUCCGACUGGAACCUGGAUUUUGUGCGUGCGUUGUUUGCUGAAUUCCUCGGCACUUUCUUUUUCGUCUUACUCGGCAUUUUGUGCACUCUCUUCAAGCCGAGCGAAACGGAGUGGCCAUAUGCCUCGCCUGUGCAAGUGGCGUUCACCUUGGGCUGCACUACAUUUUCGGUGUCGCACUCGCUUGGUAAUAUAAGCGGUGCACAUCUCAGUCCAUCUGUGAGUCUUGCGAUAUUCUUAGUUUGUGGCAUGAGUCUGCUUUGUUUUAUUGGAUAUGUAAUUGCGCAAAUACUCGGCGGCUUGGCGGCAACUGCGAUUAUUUUAUCGGUACUUGAUAAGGAAAUGUACCAGGAUCAACGUCCUUUAAGGCCCUCGAUGAGUACGGAGCUGUUCGAACUCUGCAUCGUCGAAGCUCUGGCAGCAUUUAUUUGGGUAAUCAUGGCAAUUGUAAAUACCGAGCGGCGAAAUGAAGAUGCAUUCGGUAAUGGCUCAUUUGCUAUUGGCUUUGUUGUCCUGGGCUCCUAUUUAAUCGCGAUUCUACUAUCUGGUGGCGGCGUUAAUCCAGUACGGUCCUUGAGUGCAUCAAUUAUUGUUAAUGAGUGGGAUUUUCACUACUGCUAUUGGAUAGGGCCGAUGGCGGGUGGUUGUCUGGCAGCACUGAUUUAUUAUUGUUGUUCGGGAGUGCUCCGACACAGACAUAUUUACAGAAUUUCUUAA